AUGAGGUUCUCUGAAGAUAUACUGUAUGCAAUGCCAAGGGGAGCUCUAAUUGCGAUUGAGGGAUUAGACAGAACGGGGAAAACUACCCAAACAGAGUAUCUAUUGGAUAAGCUGUCAAAGCUCAAGGUGAAGCACAAACUAGUGAAAUUCCCACAACGAGAUACUGACAUUGGUCAAUUGAUCAAUACAUACUUGACCAAUAAAUCGCUUUUGUUAAACGACCAAGCUGCUCAUUUGUUGUUCAGUGCCAAUAGAUGGGAAUUAUCGGAACAAAUUAAGAAUGAUUUGAAUGAUGGCAUAACUGUAGUAUUAGAUAGAUAUGUCUAUUCUGGAAUUGCAUAUUCGUCUGCCAAAGGUUUGGAUUUUGAUUGGUGUUAUGCUCCCGACAAGGGGCUCCCCAAACCAGACUUGACUAUUUUUCUAAAAUUUGAAAAUGAAGAAAACUCAAACCGGUCUGGGUUUGGAGAGGAAAGGUAUGAAGUUGUUGAAUUUCAGAGGAAAGUAAAGUUGCAGUUUGAAGAGUUCACAGGUAAUAGGGAAUGGUGUCCGCUAUUUGUGGAUGGCCUAGAUAGGGAACAGGUACAUUCUAGAAUAUGGGAUCUGAUAGAGCCUACAAUCAAAAGUGUGCAAGAUAAGGAACUACUGUUCUUUAAAUAA